AACGUCGAAAUAUUGGCUACUGUGAAUUCACCUCAAGAAGCGAGGGUCGUAAGUGAACGGACACCUUCGCCGGAUAUUAUAGAAAUGUCAGAAUCGAUGACUGAAUCGUCUACUGCUGCAGGGUUACAGCAACCUAAAUUUGUGCGAACACUCAAAGAUGGUAGCGCAGUUGUUGGAAAGCCAGCACAAUUCAAGUGUAUAGUUACCGGUAUGCCUAUACCAGAGGUUCGGUGGUAUGUCGAUGGUGACGCUAUUCAACAUUCUCGGGAGUACGAUAUUGUAUAUGAAGAUGGUGUCUGUAUAUUACGAAUAAACGAAGUAUUACCCGAAGAUGAAGGAGAGUAUAGCUGUGAGGCGUCAAAUACAGUAGGAAAAGCAGAAACAAAAUGUUUUCUGAAAGUUCUCGAUAAGUGCAAAUCACAAAAUAAAACGUUCUCCGGUGGCACAACAAUUCAUAUUAUUCUGAUCCUGACUCUCAUUCCGGGCAUGAUUCCUUUGCCUCUUCCUUUUCCUCCUGAAUAA